UAGCGUUCGUGCAAUUGUAGCUUUAGUGAAAAAUGGCCGGCGUCAGCGACUGGUUCAGCAUUGGGAGUACGGUGGCAUGUAAAACGUGUUAUCACAAAGAAAUUGAGGGAGAAGUGUUGGCAUUUGAUCCCCAAACCAAAAUGCUGAUAUUGAAAUGUCCAUCAUCAUCGAACCGGCCAUCAUUCAAUGAUGUACAUAUAGUUAAUUUAUCACUUGUGUCAGAUGUGCAAGUUAAACGUGAAGUAUCACCUACACUCAAUGAACCACCACAAAGUCUCAAUCUCCAGAGGCUAAAUACACGUGUGCGCAAUCAGAUUGAGGAGAAAAAACGUAUGGUGAAGGCUCUGCAGGCCGGAGUAUCGCCUGAGGGUCAAAAAUUAUUUAUUGCCAUUGCUAAGACCAUACAGGCGAUAACGUGGUCGGGACAGAAUAUCGUUGUUUGGGAUGAUGUUACCAUUGUACCACCUUACAAAACUGAUAAUGUCCAUGGAAAUGCUGAGUCCAAAUCAUAUUUACAUGUCAGAAAAAUCGUUGAAAAGCACAUGAAGGAUCAAGCAGCAGCUGAAACACAGCAACGAGAUGCGACGAAGGGCAGCAGCGCGCAAUAAACAUCGCAAGAGUCCUAAGAGAAAAUAUCCAUUCGAGAAAACAAAAAGAAAUGAAAAAAAAACUCAACAAAAAAGCGAAAAAAUAGAGAUAGAUAAAAUAAUGAAGGGGUCAUUCUGUGGCGUAAUUUUCUUUUUUAAAUUUCGCGACGAAUUCACUGACUCGAUUUAUGAAUUAGACAAAUGGGGGGAGGGGAUUCCACUCAAUGAAGGAGGAAAAAGAAAAUGUGAGGACAAAAGACACCAUUGGGAUUUGUGAGGCCCUUGAGAAGGGACUGAGCCAUUAAUUCGGAGGAUUUGAUGGGGAAAAUGAUUUUUUCACUUUGAAAUAUGAGUUUUGGUUGGAUGUACGGGGGGAUGGGGAUGGAAAGUUGUAAUUAUCUCGGAAACCGGUAGUUUUUGAAGAAAAUGUGUGUAGAUAUUUUUCGUGGUGAGUCAAAUUGUCCACAAAAAUGAUGCUGAACAUUUUUUUUCAUGAAACCACUUGGUGCAAAGAUAAUUGAGGAUAUAUGAAAAAUGGAAAAUUCAUUUUGAUGAAUCCAUUCGGUUAAUUUUGUGAUUAUCUCGUUAAGGAGUGGAUUUGAGUGAAAAUUUCUAUAGAGCUUUCUUAUGAAGAAUUAAAUUUUCAGAAAAAAAAUGCUACGUCCCAUUUUCCCUUAAAACUGCUCAAUACAGAGAUAAUUAGAUAAUUGAAAGGACAUCAAAAAUGAAAUUUUGCUUCUUCUCGACUUUCCAUCUUUUUGAAGCCCAUUUGAUCAUUAUUUUGCAAUUAUUAAUCAUCUUGAUGAAAAAAAUGAAAAGUUCAGUUCUGCACUCGUACUGUGCCCGUUGAAAUGGAAAAAUCGAGAGAGGAAAACCAGAAAAUACAGAGAAGACACAAAUAAAUGUAAUAUAAAUUCCAUAAAUUCCAAAAGCACAUUUUUAUUAUCCUGCUGUAUUAAACGCAUUGUUAUUGA